CUUACUGUCUCAGAAAAAUGGAUUACUCUGAAGAAUACUGUGCAAUGGAGAUGGAAUGUGAACCAAGGAAAUCAUUUCAGAGAGGUCUUUCAUGCAGGAGACAAACUGGCAUCCUUGUGCUUCUAGGAACAGUCUGCAUGAUUAUUUUCAUGGUCUUGACUUCUGUCAUCUAUUCCCAUCAAGAACGAAAGUUCUCAAUGCUGGAGAGCUGGAUGAAAAGCCAUACUUCUGAUCUAACCUCAGUCAAAUCUGAUUUUCAGAACACGGGAGGUGACCUAGAAAAGAAGGCUGCUGAGCUGCAGAACUUAGUGUUCAGUCUGAGUACAUAUUUCAACACGUCUGGAUCAAGCCCAGAGACCAGAGAUAUGCAAAUAAAGAAGCUGUCUAAUAUUGAGACCCUGAUGAACUCUCUCGGCUCGUCACUGAGUUCACUCGCAUCCAAACAAGAAGAAAACCUACAAAAGCUGGAGCGCCAGCAGGAUGUGUCACACACUGAAGUCAAGAGUUUGAUGGACAGUUUGAGUUCUGCAGUAUCGACUCUUAGGGAUAAACUAACAGACGACAGUUCAGAGUUUAUUUCAAACACACAACGUUUCUUGGAGGAAAUGUCAAAAUCACUGACGGAUCUGGAGGAUUUAAUGUUGGAAGUGAAAUCAUCAAUUCAGUCUCUUAGUUAUAAACUAUCAUUUGCCAACUUACUUAUACCAGGAUGUACUGAAUCUGGUUGGAUCCCGUUCAGAAACAGCUGUUAUCUGUUCUCGCAUGACUCGAUGGACUGGACCAAAGCAAAAAAUUACUGUGAAGAGAAGGGCGCGCUACUCCUAAAAAUAGAAGAUGGCUCUGAGAGGGAGUGGGAAUUUGUUACCAGUACAGCCAAACCACAAGAAUACUGGAUUGGUCUUACGGACAACAACACAGGCCAGUGGAGAUGGACGGAUGAAACUCCUUACACCAUGAAUAAAGUACAGUGGAGCCCUGGGCAGCCAGAUGACUGGAAAGAUCAUAAACUGGGAGAGGAAGGAGAGGACUGUGCACACAUUACAGUAUACGGGCUGCUAAAUGAUGCCCACUGCUCUAUCAAAAUGAACUACAUAUGUGAAAUGAAAAAACAGGUCUGAGUGUGGUCAAAACGGGAAAUGUUUUUUUUUUUGUUUGUUUUUUUGAGUGAAUUACAUUUUUGUGUGUGGUGGGGGAGAACUGUGUCGAAAUCAUUAUCUUUGGCUGCAAAUUACUAAUCAAAUGAAUGACGUGUUUGGUGUAGUUACGACUAAUACAGCCUUUCUCCAGAGUUUUUAAAAUCAAAUUUAAGACUUUUUCAAAUUAAUACUGCAUGCCAUUCCAGUACAAACCCAUUCAAUCUCAAAAUAAAUCAGGAAUCUAAAAUUAUUUUCCAUAUUCAACUGCAAAACAGGGCAGCUGCAUGUUUAUAUAUAAUCAAAACAGUUCUUUUUCCCUUCAAUAUUUACAUUUAUAUUGGAAUUGGAAUUAAAAUUGUGUUCUCUUAUUAAUACACAUAAAGUACAGGUCCAUUAAUGCUGGAUAUGAUCAUGUGUUUUUGAAGAAAUGCAUUAAAAAAUGAUUGUGAUGAUAUUAAUAAACUACAUUUUGAAUGUGUUAAA